AUCUCGUAAUUAUCAAUCAACGUUAAUUAAUACUGUAACAUCAUAUGAUUUAACGUUAAAAUUAAUCGACCUUGGAGUAUUCGAUCAUAAAAUAAGGGCUAGGGGAUCGUCCGCGGAAUGUUCCGAUGAUAAUGAUAAGCACGCAGUAAAGAGAACAUUUGCAAGAACAUUCCUUGGGCAAUGUGAAAAAGAGAUUAUUAGGAUGGGAUUGAAGGAAAAACUUGACUGUGUGGUAGAAUGUAGUGAGAGAAAUCAAACUCAAAGCUUCCUAUGCCUCUUAGCUCUCUAA